AUGGACAAGUUGGGAACUGUGUCUGCUGCUAUGAGUGUUAGCCGGGUAGUCAGCGAGAUCUCCUGUCGCAGUUGCACCAUAAAACUUGAAAAUCACAGUGAGGUCUACUCACUUGUCAAACCCAGUACCUGGAUGAACAGCGGCUACAACAGCCACCCUCCAUCACCCACUGUGGACGUCAAGGCAACGGAGGUGUGUGCCUUCUCCAAGACAGCAGUCGGUGCCAGAGGGGCUGUAGGUGUUCUGACUUACGAGCUACUGGAGAGAAAAAAAUGCACUGAUAAGAUGAUGGCCAUCAUGUUCUCUGUGCCUUUUGACUACAGCCUCUAUGAGAACUGGCUGGCAGUUGGUGUUUUUGAACACACUCGACCGUGUGAUGACACACUGUUCAAUCUCAUGUACUAUGAUUCUGACCCCGCAUUCAUUCGUGCCAAAGCCAAACACCCUAGUAUAGUGUACACAUGGGAAUCAAUGGAAAUCAGGGCUGUCAUGAGCAAUGCAGGCACAGCUAUUACUGAGGUGGAGAUCCAUGACAAGAGCUAA